GCGCAUGCCUGGGCAGCUUCAGUCACCGAGGUCCUGAAUGGGAAGGAUUAGUACCAGAUGUUCAUUGGGACCCGGGUGGCAGCCAAUAAGGAGGAGGACCAUUUGUUCUGUGGGUGGAGCUCCUUCUCUCCUCUCUACUCCAAAUUUAUUCUAACAGGUAGUUUAAAUCCAAACAGGUCUACAACGGUAGCACAGACGAAGCCAGGCGGAGAUUUCUGUCAGUUUUUGGCUUCUGGACAUGCACGGACUGCGCUCUUCAGCAUGCUGAGCAGGAAGGGAUCCUUUGCGGGGACGAUGAGCGCAGCAGCCGGGGUGGACCGCGGCAGGGUCGGGGAGAGGCUGCAGGCUGCUCUGGCCGGACUGCAGGAGCUGCAUCUGCUCCGGGACCGACACAGCGACAUGGUGAGCUGGGCGCUCCGGGCGGACAGAGAGGAGCCGGUCACCUCGGUGCGCACAGAGCCGGAGGGACCCAGGAUGAUGGGGGCCGAGGAGCAGCGACUGGAGGCGACCCUGACAGCCCUGAAGCAACAGCUGUCUCGCCUUAGGAAACAGGAUGUUGGCCUGAAGACACACUUGCAGCAGCUGGACCAACAGAUCAGUGAGCUGAAGCUGGAUGUGAGCAAGGCCUCUACAGAGCAGCUGGAGAGCGACAGCAGGCCGAGUUCAGGUUUUUAUGAGCUCAGUGAUGGUGGCUCUUGCUCCCGGUCCAACUCCUGCACGUCCGUGUACAGCGAGUGUCUGUCAUCAUCUCAGACAAGCCUUCUCCUCAUUCCCAUGAGCCCUGCUAGCUGUCAGAUUAGCUCUCCACCAAAAGUCGACAUAUGCCGCCGGCGGUCUGCUGACGAGAGCACCACCCAGCCCAACCCUCCGCGGGCCACAGGCCUCCAUCUGGGCAGCAGCAGGAUCAGAGCAAGCAGUGCAGGCCCUGAACAGGCCCGACCAAGACCUGUGUCAACAGGUGAUCUUGAUAGAAUGAUGGCUCAAGGAUUGGGCUGCUACAGAUCUGUGGAUGCAAGAAAACCCCCAAUAUGCCCAAACCUGAGGAGCUCCAUUGUGGACCCCAAGUUCCAGCGCAAUCUGGAGUCCCGCAGUGGGGCUGAAGUGUACCAGUACCCCAGCCCCCUGCAUGCUGUGGCUCUCCAGAGCCCAAUCUUUUUCAGUGUGGGUGAAAAAGGCGCACCUGGACUUCUAGAGGGCCAAGGACCCCAAGUAAACAGUUACGACACCCUCCAGAGGACACAAAUGGGUUAUGACACUAAGACCCUGGGUUACAUUGACAAGCUCCUCCAGCGCAGCUUUAGUAAAAUCCAAACUGAAACAGGCACAGAGACUCUGGAGACACGCAGAGACUAUAACAGGAGGCCCGCUGAAGUCGUAUCUGCGUUUUCUGUGUCUCAGAAAGAGGUCUCUAUGGUGCAGCCUUCUCCAACUAAGACCACAAAUAUCAUCCCAGUAGAUAGCAUCCAGAAGAGACACUGCAUGACAUCCUCUAGCCAAGAGCAAGCUGAUAAAACAAACCACACCUCAGUGAGAGCCCCAGAGGUUUCAUAUCAGCACUCUUAUCCUGCUGCCAUGAGGGAGUACAGCUCUGAUGAGGUCACCUAUUCAUCUCUGAAGAAGAAUGAUAAAUCUCAAGGAGAAUAUCCAAGUGUACCAAGGAGCCAUUCUGAGAAAAGAUGUGUAGAUAAUCAAGAGCCUAGGCCACAAGAGAGGAAAGGUCACAGGCAAAGACCAGUGAUGGCCCACAGCUCCAGCACAGAGGAGGGUCAAAGCUUUGAGGUUCAUGGCGGCCACACAGCUUCACCAGAGUUUGUCCAUGCCAAAUUUGUUCCUGCUGGAUCUCAGAGGGUCAAAGUUAGGCAGGCAGAUCGUAAAACCAAAGCCGUGAAACUGAAAAGAAAAAGUAGCGAGAAGCCUCGGGCAGCAAGGCAACAACAUAGCUACUCCUCUGGGGAAAGGACCAGAGAGACCAGCAGCUUUACAAAGGGGGAGCAGAGAAGAUCAGAAAAAGGAAGAGUGACACAGAAAUUUACCAGCUCUCACGUAGAGGAGCACAGACAGGGUUCAGGCUCAGACUCCAGCCUCUGUAGUCCGGCACUCAUGCACACCCACAAAGUCCACCCAAAGCCACAGCCCAUCCCUGCUGUUGUCAAAUCCAGCAAAAGCCGCAGACUGCAGUGCAUGGAGUAUGAGCAGCCUGUAGACCCGAGGAAGAGGAGGCAACCUACUGCCAAAUGGCCAUCCAAUGUGGACAUGUUCCAGGCUUCAUGUGCUCAGCGUCAGAGGUCAAAAGAGUUCCACACUCAGGCACCAGGGGCCAUGCAGAUGGUCCGCAGUGUGAGUGCCAGACCAGGCCAGUGGAUGGGACCUGCACGCCCCUUCCAGUCCUCCAUGUCCUCUAGUUCUUUCCUCUACAGUCUUAAUGCCAGAUACCCUCCAGCACCUUUUCAUGUCUCCAGUCACUAUCCACCCAGAUGUGAGUCUGAGUAUUCAGCUGAAUGUGCUUCACUAUUUCACUCCACCAUUGCUGAGAGCAGCGAGGGGGAGAUGAGCGACAACACAACCAACCGCUUUGGAGAUAGCGAGUCCAGCCACAGUUUCCAGUCCCUGUCAGACUCUGACAGCAGCCUGUCGCUGGACGAAGGAGAUCAGGUGGACAGCCCCGAGGAGGAGGGAGGUCUGGUGUGGGCUGAGGCUGCAUUGGGGCCCACCACCGCUGGACAGCCCCUCAAGCAGCUCCCACCUCGGCCCGAGCCAUCCGCCUGCCGCAUCAAAGCCUCCCGAGCCCUUAAGAAGAAGAUUCGUCGGUUUCAGCCGGCCUCCCUGAAGGUCAUGACCCUGGUGUAGAAAUGCUCCCCUGGGCAGAAAAAGAAUUCUUGGGGGAAACACAGAGAGUUGUGGGAAAUGCUUUUCUCAUAUGGACUCUGAGGAAACUCUGUUAUUCUAAGGGGGACUGCUUUUUCUGCACUGAUUCUUUUGUUAAAAUUUAAAAAAAUGGAAAGAAUUCACAAUGCUUGAACCUGACUGUGCAAAAAGUGCAUUGUAAAAAAGCAUGUAUAACACAAUUAUUACAUUUACACUUCAUUUUAAUUACUUAUAAUGCUGUAAUUAAACUUUCUCAUCGCAUGUGGCUGCAUUGGACAAUUUCAUGUACGUUUUUUGUCAUAUAAUUGUCUGUACCUGAGAAAGAAAACCAAUCAUCUUUACAAUUCCUAUGCCAAAUAAUUGUGUAUUUUUCUAUUAUCUUUUCAUUUUGCUCAUUUGAUUGUAAUUAUUGUUGUUUAUCCUAUUAGAAUAAACUGGUAUCUAAUAUCUA